CACAGCGCUGUGGUGCAAAUAAAAAUUUCCCACUCGUGAUGUCAGCCAGUCGAUAAUGAAAGUGCCGCCUUUGAUCCAUUUCAUAAAAUUGUGUUCGCUCUCAUCGCCUUAUACAAUCAUGAUUAUUUACACAUUGAAGACCAGCCUUGGCUACCCGUCCACGUGUAUGGAAAACGCCAGGAAAGUUCAAGAAACAAUAGGCCAUCUGGAAGCCAUGAAAUUUGAGAGGUCGGGAAUCAACGCGGAACGACUGAAAGAGGAAGAACAGACUAUGGGAUUUGGAUUCUCGUCUGAAAACAGCCACGAGGACCACGAGCACAAGGAAAGCAGCGGGCGGUGCGCUGAGGAGCUCGGAAUUUCUAUUGACCGCUUUGGCGACACGAUAUUCUACUUCUUGCGGCACGCUAAAUACUCGGUUCAGCUGAACUGGUUUCCGGCUGCACACAUUUGCAAGGUUCUAAACCAGUCGGAGAGUGAACACGACGAAUCGAAACACAAAAACAUGCGAGAAACGGAGAAGGCUAUGUUUGGACGCUCUGAAGGGAACAACACUUUUUUCUUCACUGGCAUGAUGGACCUCUCGAGCGGCGGCAUGUACGCCCUUGAGAUCAACGACGAGACUCUCUUCCAGCCCUGGCCCGACGCCACGCCCCCUGGGGACCCAACAAGUUGCCCCGCGAACGAGAAAACUGUUCUGAGCAAAAACUGCGCGCGACGCAACGGCAAAAUUCUGUGUGGAGUGACGCACGUCUGCGAUCCGCACUAAAUAUUUCACUUUUUGUGUCGUAAAACGCGCGAGGCACCUUUGCUAAUAAAACGCUAGCAAAAACUUGGAAGAAUAUUAUUAAUAAUCGAUUAAUUGCUUAUAAUUUAUUUGGUCAGUGAAA